GAAACGUUACGAGAGUGGCAGCAUAACACUAUUGCAGCAACACACACACACAAACACACAGAGAGAAGAAGAACAAGAAGAAGAAGCUGCUGCAAUGGGUUGGAUCGGUGAGACUGUGGAUUCUGUCAAAUCUCUUCAGAUCCGCCAGGUCCUCACCCAGGCUGUUACUCUCGGUAUGAUUGUCACAUCUGCACUAAUAAUAUGGAAGGCGUUGAUGUGUGUCACUGGCAGUGAAUCGCCUGUUGUCGUUGUUCUUUCUGGAAGUAUGGAACCAGGAUUCAAGCGGGGGGACAUCUUGUUCUUGCGCAUGAGUAAAGAACCAAUUCGUGCAGGGGAGAUUGUGGUGUUUAAUGUGGAUGGACGUGAGAUUCCAAUUGUUCAUCGUGUAAUCAAGGUACAUGAAAGGGAAGAUAAUGGAGAGGUUGAUGUUCUCACGAAAGGAGAUAACAACUAUGGAGAUGACAGGCUUCUGUAUGCUCAUGGUCAGCUUUGGCUGCAAAGGCACCACAUUAUGGGUAGAGCUGUCGGGUUCUUACCUUAUGUUGGCUGGGUGACAAUUAUUAUGACAGAAAAGCCUAUCAUCAAGUAUAUUCUCAUUGGUGCUUUGGGGUUGCUCGUGAUAACUUCGAAAGACUAAACGAUGAAUCUAAAUCAAACUGAGGUCUAAACCUCCGAGAGAACUCUGGGCAGAUAUCAUACUUUUCUUGAACUUGAGAGUGUCAUUUUGUACCAUUAACAACAUAAUGUUAAGAAUUAAUGCAAAGUUUCUUGCCUAGUUCCUUAUACUGUA